CGGCUGGCUUUGAGCUUGACCGACCGGGGAGUCGGAGGGGGGUCCGACGCCUUUACGGCUGUGGCGGUGACUGCCGGAAAAUGUUCUGUGAGAGCAGGUUACCUUAUCUGGCAUGUUCAUAGCUAUAUCCCAAGUGGCUGGAACAUAAAAGUACUCGGUGCGUUAUUUGCAAAAGUGGAUACUUUCCUUUUUCAUGAUAAAUGAAAAUGGCCAAUUCUUUAAGAGGAGAAGUACUGAAUCUUUAUAAAAAUCUGCUGUAUCUUGGGAGAGACUAUCCAAAAGGAGAAGACUAUUUUAAAAGGCGUCUGAAGAAUGUUUUCCUUAAAAACAAAGAUGUGAAGGACCCAGAGAAGAUCAAAGAACUUAUUGGACGGGGCAAAUUUGUAAUAAAAGAGCUAGAAGCCUUAUACUUUCUUAGGAAAUACAGAACUAUGAAACAACGCUAUUAUUCGGAUGUCAACAAAACUGAUUGAUCAUUAUUACUAUAAUUGUGGCUGAAAAUCAGUGUCAGCUAUUUAUGCACAAAUAUUGUAAAAUAAUCCUAACUGAAAAUGAUCAAGAUGUACACAUCAUGUAAAAAAUACCUGAGCUGCCUUACUGAACUAAAAUCAAUGAUUUCGACUUCUAUUGAUAUUGAGAGCUUCAUCAGCCAUCCUUUAUCUCAAUGUUUUACUAAACAGUAAUUUAGCUAUAUAGUGUUGCCAGCUACUAGUUAUGAAAUUAAUGAGCACCCAGUUUGGGAAUUAAAAUAGACUUAAUUUUUUUUCACACCUAUAAAGUUCUAGCCAAUUAUUCUUUUAGCCCAUUUCUCCUAUUUACUGCCAGACAAUGCCAUUUAAUAUGCACUUAACUAAGCAAAAUAAUUUCUUGCACAUUUAUUCCCCUUAAAUUUUGAAGGAAUAACUUAUCUUUGACCCAAUUUGGUAUAUUAAUAGUACAUAUUUAAGUUUACUACAAAACAAAUAACAUCUGGUAAUGAUUUAAAUGUACUUAUAGAAAUAAUUAUACAUAUUGAGUAAGUAAUAUAUAUGCAUAUAUGGAGUAAGAUUGACUUCUGACCUAGAAAUACCCUGCCAGUGAUUGGCAUUAGAUAGAAUACUUAAUCAAUUAUUUCCAUUAUUAAUUUCACUGCUGGCUCCCUUGGGGCCUUAAAACAAAUUACUUGUUUUGCAUUAACUAACUUUUCUGAUAAAAAAUAAUAAAAUAAAUAAUUCUGUUCUUUUGUCAUAACGGCAGAUUUGUUUUCCAUCUACUUCUAAAUUAAUAUGGCAAUGGACUUAAAACAUAGCAUGGUUUUAAGUUUAAUCAAACACUUAAAACCUCUACAUAAUGUUCACAGCACCUUUCAUAAAUACAUAAUUUUUCUAACUUAAUAAUCUGCAACAGAAUGAGUCACUAAUAUGCUUCAGUAUCUGUGGCUUAUAAAAUAUUUUGUAUCAACUGCAGGGCAAAUGUUUCAAAUUUCCAUAAAAAAAUACACACUCUCAUAGUCACCAUAACUAGUUUUAUUACAUUACAAUAAUCAGGAGUAGUACAGUUCAUGACAAAAAUAUUACAAAUUUCAGAUCACUCCACAGCACAUACUCCUAUAAACAUUUAAAAGUUAAUUUUAAUUAAAACGGUGGUCAUUUUUAAAGUUUGAUAUGACCAGCAUUCCCAGGUCAGCGCAACCAAAUGAUGGAGAACAACUGGAUCACACUGCAUAUAUCCCACAAAAAAAAAAAAAAAA